AUGGAUUGUGAGGGAAGGGGUCUUGAGCCAGAACCAAAGAUACCAAGAGCAUCUGUAGAGAAGAUAAUUUCAGAGACUAUAAAGCCUCCUAUGAUGUGCAGUAAAGAGGUAAAGCAAGUUCUUUUAAACAGCUGUGCUGAGUUUGUACACAUAAUUGCCACAGAAGCCAAUGACGUGUGCGAGAAAGAGCAGAAAAAGACACUUACGCAUGAGCACGUAUACAAAGCAUUAAAGCAUUUAGGGUUUGAGGAGUACAUUGAGGAGUGCAAUGAGUCGUAUAAGGAUCAUAUAGAGCAGGCCAAAUUAAGACCAUCAAAGCAGAACAAGUUAAAGGAAUCAGGACUAACUCAAGCAGAGCUAGAAAGAGAGCAGGAAGAGUUAUUUAGGAAAGCAAAAGUACUUGCACAGGAUGAGGAGAGGUAUCAGAAAGAACAGUAA